CAAAUAUUGAUAUUCAUAAAAGAGAUUAAUUAAACAAUGGAAAAAGGAUCAGCAGUUUUCGAGAACCGUGAUCUGAAUCUGAAGGCAACUGAACUGAGAUUGGGUUUACCGGGAACCGAUGAAGAUUCCGGUAACCAGUCUUCUUCGUCUUCUCAAGUCAAGAGUAACAAGAGAUCUUCCUCUGAAAUGGAUGGAUCCGAACUACAACAAUCCGGAGCCCCGGUUUCCAAGGCACAAGUGGUUGGGUGGCCGCCGGUUAGAUCUUACCGGAAAAAUAUACUGGAGAAGAAAAAGUCCGAAUCCGACGGAUCCGGGUUUGUGAAAGUGAGCAUGGAUGGAGCUCCGUAUUUGAGGAAGAUUGAUCUGAAAUUGUACAAGAACUACCUCGAUCUACUUAAAGCCUUGGAGAACAUGUUCAAGUGCACCAUAGGUACGUAUUCAGAGAGAGAAGGUUACAAUGGAUCUGAGUGUGCACCGACUUAUGAAGACAAAGAUGGUGACUGGAUGCUUGUCGGAGAUGUUCCUUGGGAAAUGUUUAUUACUUCUUGCAAACGGCUGAGGAUUAUGAAAGGGUCUGAAGCUAAAGGCUUGGCCUGCUGCCUAUAGAUACAUACAUAUAUAUAUAUAUGUAUAUGUGUAUGCGUGAGCUUCGUGCAUGGAAUUAAUUAGAUUUCAGAGAGAUCGAAAGAGAUGAUUAUGCAUCAUCUGGAAGAAGGCCAUUACAAUUCAUAGUUGACUUUUGGGGCCUCUAAUUAGGUUUUAGAGCUUUGGUCGUGCAACAAAUUAAAGAGAGAAGCGUUUUAAUUUAAUUAACAUCGUGUGUAUAAAUGUAAUUAGGGAAUUUGAUGUUCUUCUUUUCUGGAGUUUUUUUUUUUUCUUUUUAAAUUGGGAUUUCUCAUUAUUUGGAGAAUUUUUGCGAUGUAUAAUUUACAAAUUACAGGACUACACGUAGUACAAUUUUAAAGGUUGUUUGGCUGAAAGCCUCAAAGAUAA